AUGGCCAAAACUGAAUUUAUGCUCAUAGGAUCAAGAUCUCUAGUGCAUACUGUUUCAGAUUCAAAUUUAAACAUAAUGAUUGAAAACAGACCAAUUAAACAAGUGAAGGAAUGCAAGACACUAAGAGUAAUAGUUGAUCAGCAUCUCUCUUGGAAAAGUAACACUGAGAGUAUCUGUAAGAAAAUCACAUCAGCCAUUUCUGUUAUUAGAAAACUAAAAGAAUUUGUUGACCGUGAUACACUUGUUUCUAUAUUUAACGCAAUUGUACAACCAUACUUUACUUAUUGUUGUGAAGUGUGGGACAUUUUUGGUGAAACUCAAUCACAACGAUUACAAAAGCUUCAAAAUAGAUGCGCUCGAAUUAUUAUGGACAUGGGUAACGAAGUUAAUGCCCAAAUCGCAUUAAAUUCGUUAGGAUGGGAGACACUAAAAGUACAAAGAACUAAAGCUAAGGCAAAAUUAAUGUUCAAAAUUUUGAAUAUGUCUGGGCCUAAAAGCCUAACAGACCUUUUUACCUACAAGAAUGAGAAUACACAUUACUGUCUCCGUGACAAUGAAACAACACUCGUUUUGCCACAGCCCCGCACAAAUAGCACGAAAAAGAGUUUUAUGUUUAAUGGGGCAAAAAUAUGGAACUCAGUGCCUAAAGAAAUCAGAGGAAUUAGGUCCCAGUCUCUAUUUGAAAGAAAAAUUGCUGCUCAUGUUACUAAAUAAUAUAUUUAUACAUACAUAUAUAUAUAUCCUUUAUUGUAAAUAGUUAUCUAUAUGUUUUGUUAGUUGUCUAUAUUGUCAAUUUUGUCAAUUGGAACAGUUAGAUAUUUCUAUUUUCUUUUAUUUGAUUCCGUAAGAGUCAUAACAACACUUAUAUAUAAUAACUUUUGAACACACGCCCUUCGUGGGAAUCAAUGUUUUUAAUUGACGUAGUUAGCGUGUCAAAAUAAAAUCUAUCUAUCUAUCUAUCUAUCUAUAGUAGUUAAAUGUUGUGUAAAUAACGUAGGGAAAUUUUUAAAUUAGCUUCCUAUUUUAUGUAAUUAAGCGCUUUAGCAUAUUCUAUAGUUUUAGCGCGGUACAAAUUAAUAAAUUAUUAUUAUAUUUAAAGAGUCAUCUACCACACCAUUACGAGUCGUUUAUGAUUGUAGUUGCCGUAAAUCUUCAGAUCACGCAAGUUUAAAUGAUUGUUUAACAACUGGACCCCCAAUCCUCAACGAUUUAACAGCAAUAUUGCUCAGAUUCCGUCAGCCGAAGUACGGAUUAACAGCAGAUAUCGAAAAGGCAUUUUUAAAUAUUGUCCUGGAUGAAGAAGAUCGUGAUGCUACCCGCUUCUUCUGGUUGAACGACCCGAGCGAUCCAACUAGUGCCUAUGAUGUUUACCGAUUUAAACGUGUGUUAUUUGGGGCGACGAGUUCACCAUUUAUUCUAAAUGCUACCCUUGAUAAACACUUAAAACAAUUCAAUGAUCCAGUAGCGAAACGUAUUCGUGAAGAUAUUUAUGCUGACGACCUUGUGUCCGGAGCCCAAGAUGAUGACGAAGCCGUUUUAUUUUAUACCAAAGCACGAACACUGAUGACACCUGGAGGAUUCAACUUGAGAUCUGGGCAUCGAACAACCCUGUUGUCAAGACGAUCGCAGCGAAAGAAAACCUCUUAA